UGUAAAGGCAGAAUGUAAUAGUGACAGACACCACACCCCCCCGAUACUUAAUUACUUCCUGGUCCCAGUCGCUUAAGAUAAAUCCCCCCUCCAGGCCCCCUCGUGGAGACCAUACCGGCUGCGUGUCACUGUAGCAUCGAUCAAAGGCGACGCCCGAAAAUGCUUGAUACAGAUAUUCUGGGGGGGAUAGAACGAGGCCGCGGCACAUGGGAGUCCAACCCUUCGAAAACUAAGGCUUUGCUAUUCUCUCCUCCAUCAUUACCUCUUUGGGUCCGCGCACCUAAUCCCCCAGAUUCCCGAGUCGUAUUUUAAUAUCCGCCAAUUGCUCGUGCAGCAGGCAGUGGCAGUGAGAAUUGCGCCGCUCUAUUUUUCCCGCUUAUUCUACCGGGACCGCCUCUGUUCAUGGCAGAUCUCGGUGGUGUUGGGGAACGGCACUUGCUCUCACGCGGCUAUUUAGAGAUCUAACGUUGACUAAAUAGCAGGUACCGUGCCGUGAAGGCGAUUGGGGGGAGACAGCUCGACUGUUGCCAAAGGAAGAAGCCCGUCUGCUAGAGAAACGAAGAUAGGAAACUAUCGAAAACCUUCUGCCAUGAUGUAUCACAACCUGCUGCGCGCGGCGGUCGUCGUCGGGACAGCGCUGCUGUCGACAGUCUCGGCCGAGUACGAGUGUAACCGGACGGCGCUGAUGGAAUUCGCGGACCAGUACGUCGUCGCGCACGAGAACGGGCAGCUGUACCACCUGGACCACAUCGCCGACAACUUCACGUACAUGGAGAAUAACGCGACGCGCGAGAUCACCAGCGGCAUCUUCUACCACGCGCUCAAGAUCGCCCACCGCCACACCAUCAUCGACACGGUCGACUGCUCCUCCUUCACCGAGCUCAUCAUCACCCACAACGUCUCCGGGCAGCCGGCGCCGUACGUGAUCGGCACCCAGAUCCGCCACUCGCCUGGCGACCUGACCUGCUACCUCAUCGACCUCCUCGUCAGCACGACCGGGUCCUGGCUCUUCAACGCGACGCGCACGCUCGAGUACGCGUCCAAGGAGAACUGGUUCCUCAUCGAGGAGGGCAAGCGCGACUCCCGCGUGACGCUCAAGAACGCGGCCGACGCGUACCUCGACAUGUGGAGCAACGCGACCGCCGAGGCCGCCGUGCCGUGGGGCACGCCCUGCAGCCGGCUCGAGGGCAGCGUGUCGACCGGCAGGGGCCUGCCCACGGACUCGUGCCGGGUCGGCGUCCCGACGAACCACCAGCAGCCGCCCAACUCCCACCGCCGCUACGUCAUCGACCCGACCUACGGCGCCGUCAGCGUCCUCUGCAUCUUCGAGCAUCUCGACAACGCUCCCGACAGCCACGAGUUCCGCCUCGAGAACGGCAAGCUGCGCUACAUCCACACCAUCACCCUCGCCAACAGCGGCUCCUUUGGCCAGCAGCCGACCGCGCUCGCGUCCCGGUCGGAAUCCGCCGAGCCCGCCGAACCCGCGCCCACGCCGCUCGCGAGGUACAGGGUGCGGGGAUCCGGCCCCCUACGCCUGUCCCCGGAAUCGUAAAGUCGUACCUGUUAGGCGGCGCUGCGUGAACUAUUCAGCCGCACGACGGCAUAUUACGGGCCACGAGAUCCCUAAUCGCGUAUGACCCUCGGAGAAUUGCUGAUCGGUUCAUAUACACAUCUCACAUCAGACGCCACACAUCCUACGUAGCACCGCGGUAUCAGGUUAGGCGGCACGGCGUUGUGUCGGGAUCAUCCAGAGUCUAGUCAACGCCAAGAUCAGCUUUAGACCCGUAGCUUAAGGCAAU